AUGUUCAAGGCUCUGAUGCUCCGAGCGCCCGUACGGCCAGCGUCGGCGGCCUUGCGAACAGCGACGCCCUCCUCCGCCAUUGUUCGCGCCGCACCAUGCACAUCAUCCCUGCUACAGGACCGGUUGUCACAACGUAGAGGAUAUGCCACGGAGUCUGGUACGCAACCGCCGUGCUAAGAAGAUGGGAUGGAACGCUAGCCGUGCGGAAUACUGAUGCGUGAAGUAGAGGAGAAGGAUCUGGUCAUCAUCGGAGGUGGCGUUGCGGGAUAUGUCGCCGCCAUCAAGGCCGGCCAGGAGGGUCUCAAGGUGCGCAGACGGACAAGUCUUCCAGAGUGCAUCAUGACCACUGGCUGACAGUAUAUGAUAUCGCAGGUCGCAUGCAUAGAGAAGCGCGGCUCGCUGGGCGGUACAUGCCUCAACGUCGGCUGCAUUCCCUCCAAAUCCCUCCUCAACAACUCCCACAUGUACCAUCAGAUCCUCCACGACACCAAGAAUCGCGGUAUCGAAGUCGGCGAUGUCAAGCUCAACUUGGCACAGAUGAUGAAGGCCAAGGAGACCUCCGUGAGCGGACUGACAAAGGGAAUUGAGUACCUCUUCAAGAAGAACAAUGUGGAGUACAUCAAGGGCACCGGUGCUUUCGCCGACGAGCACACCGUUGCCGUCAACUUGGUCGAAGGUGGUGAGACAAGUGUGCGCGGAAAGAACAUCCUAAUUGCCACCGGCUCCGAGAGCACACCGUUCCCAGGCCUUACUAUCGACGAGAAGCGCGUCAUCACAUCCACGGGCGCUAUCGCAUUGCAAGAGGUCCCUAAGAAGAUGAUCGUUAUUGGUGGUGGUAUCAUUGGUCUCGAGAUGGGCAGCGUGUGGAGUCGAUUGGGCUCGGAGGUCACAGUUGUGGAAUUCUUGGGCCAGAUCGGCGGUCCUGGCAUGGAUGCUGAGAUAAGCAAGAACAUUCAAAAGACGUUGGGCAAGCAGGGCAUGAAGUUCAUGCUCAACACCAAGGUCAGCAACGGUGACGCUAGCGGCGAUCUCAUCAAGCUUGACGUCGAGGCUGCCAAGGGAGGCAAGGAGCAGACGGUAAGUCAGCACGCGGAUCAUGCAAUUGUUGAGACUAACCUUUUUCUCCCCAGCUCGAAGCAGACGUCGUCCUCGUUGCCAUCGGCCGUCGUCCCUACACUCAAGGUCUCGGCCUGGAGAACGUUGGCCUCGAGACCGACAACCGCGGCCGCCUCGUGAUCGACUCCGAAUACCGCACCAAGAUCCCACACAUUCGCGUCAUCGGCGACUGCACUUUCGGACCAAUGCUUGCCCACAAGGCUGAAGAAGAGGCAGUCGCGGCCAUCGAAUUCAUCACCAAAAAUUACGGUCAUGUCAACUACAACGCCAUUCCCUCCGUCAUGUACACUCACCCCGAAGUCGCCUGGGUUGGACAGAAUGAAGCCGAACUGAAGGAGCAAGGAGUCAAGUACAAGGUUGGAACUUUCCCGUUCAGCGCCAACAGCAGAGCGAAGACGAACCUCGACACGGACGGUCUGGUCAAGUUCCUCGCGGACGCGGAGACAGAUCGGAUAUUGGGAAUCCACAUUGUCGGACCCAACGCUGGCGAGAUGAUUGCAGAGGGCACAUUAGCACUGGAAUAUGGGGCAAGCGCGGAAGAUGUGGGCCGGACAAGCCACGCACACCCGACAUUGGCUGAGGCGUUCAAGGAGGCGGCAAUGGCAACCUAUUCGAAGGCGAUACACUAUUAA